GCCGUUAAAGCGGUUGGCGGCAACUCUGCCCAGCGGCAGUUGCGUCGCGGCCCGAAGCGUGACUGCGCACGCUCCCUUUCCGCUCCUCCACUCCCGGCGCGGGGGGGCCCCGGGCGCGGGCGUGAGGAAACUACCGUUCCCAUGAGGCUCCGCGCGGCCCAGGGUCCCUUACAAUAGAGUUCGGUUGGAGAGGCCUGCGGAGAAGUGUUGGGCACAGCUACUUCCGGCAUGUUCAGCUCCGGACGAAGAACCGCGGGGAACUGGAGGGCGGGAGAGAGACUCCAAUGCCCAGCGGGCCGUGCGCGGGCGACGCUUGCGCGAUACGGGGACGGGGGGGCGGUCGGGCCAUUUAAAUGUGUGUUUGUGGGUGAAAUGGCUGCGCAGGUCGGAGCGGUGCGCGUAGUACGGGCGGUGGCGGCGCCGGAGGAGGCGGACAAAGAGGGGAAGGAGAAACCCCAUGCUGGGGUCUCGCCGCGGGGAGUGAAGCGGCAGCGCCGAGCGAGUAGUGGGGGUUCCCAGGAGAAGCGGGGGCGGCCCAGCCAGGACCCCGCUCUCGCUCCUCCUCACCGGCGGCGUCGCAGCCGCCAACAUCCCGGGCCGCUGCCGCCAACGAAUGCAGCCCCAACCGUCCCGGGCCCAGUCGAGCCUCUGCUCCUGCCGCCUCCGCCGCCGCCUUCGCUGGCUCCCGCCGGGCCGACUGUGGCCGCUCCGCUCUCGGCCCCAGGCACCUCGGCUCUCUUCACCUUCUCGCCCCUGACGGUGAGCGCUGCCGGGCCCAAGCACAAGGGCCACAAGGAGCGACAUAAGCACCAUCACCACCGCGCCUCGGAUGGUGACCCCAGCUCCUGCGCCCCGGGCGAUCUCAAGCACAAGGACAAGCAGGAAAACGGCGAGCGGAGCGGAGGGGUGCCUCUAGUCAAGGCCCCCAAGAGAGAAACACCAGAUGAAAACGGUAAAACCCAGAGAGCUGAUGAUUUUGUCUUGAAGAAAAUAAAGAAGAAAAAGAAAAAGAAACACCGAGAAGACAUGCGAGGAAGACGCCUUAAAAUGUACAAUAAGGAAGUACAAACCGUCUGUGCUGGCCUGACCCGCAUCAAUAAGGACAUUCUCACCCAAGGACAAAUAAAUAGCACUUCAGGAGUUAAUAAGGAGUCCUUCAGUUAUCUGAAUGAUGAACAGCUGUGCCGAUUAAAUGUGGGCAUGCAAGAAUAUCGGGUACCCCAGGGAGUACAAACACCUUUUGUGACUCACCAGGAACAUUCUAUUCGUAGAAAUUUCUUAAAAACAGGUACUAAGUUUAGCAACUUUAUUCAUGAGGAACACCAGUCUAAUGGUGGUGCUCUUGUCCUUCAUGCUUACAUGGAUGAACUCUCAUUUUUGUCUCCAAUGGAGAUGGAGAGAUUUUCUGAGGAAUUUCUUGCUUUGACAUUCAGUGAAAAUGAGAAAAAUGCUGCUUACUAUGCUUUAGCAAUUGUGCAUGGAGCAGCUGCUUAUCUUCCAGACUUCUUGGACUAUUUUGCUUUUAAUUUCCCCAGCACUCCAGUGAAAAUGGAAAUUCUGGGCAAGAAAGAUAUUGAAACAACCACCAUUUCAAAUUUUCACACUCAGGUCAACAGGACAUACUGCUGUGGCACCUACCGAGCAGGUCCUAUGCGGCAGAUAAGUCUUGUUGGAGCAGUAGAUGAAGAAGUUGGUGAUUAUUUCCCAGAGUUCCUUGAUAUGUUAGAAGAAUCACCAUUUCUGAAAAUGACUUUGCCCUGGGGUACACUUUCCAGUCUUCGACUCCAGUGUAGGUCCCAGAGUGAUGAUGGGCCUAUAAUGUGGGUAAGACCAGGAGAGCAGAUGAUCCCUACAGCAGACAUGCCAAAGUCACCCUUCAAAAGACGACGAUCAAUGAAUGAAAUAAAAAAUCUCCAGUACCUACCUCGGACUAGUGAACCCCGUGAAGUCCUUUUUGAAGAUAGGACAAGAGCUCAUGCUGAUCAUGUAGGUCAGGGGUUUGACUGGCAGAGUACGGCUGCUGUUGGGGUUUUGAAAGCUGUACAGUUUGGUGAAUGGAGUGACCAGCCUCGCAUAGCCAAAGAUGUGAUUUGUUUCCAUGCUGAGGAUUUUACGGAUGUUGUACAGAGACUUCAGCUAGACCUUCAUGAACCUCCAGUUUCUCAGUGUGUACAGUGGGUGGAUGAAGCGAAACUAAACCAAAUGAGGCGGGAAGGCAUUCGUUAUGCUAGAAUUCAGCUAUGCGACAAUGAUAUCUACUUCAUCCCUAGAAAUGUCAUUCAUCAGUUCAAAACAGUGUCAGCAGUAUGCAGCUUAGCUUGGCAUAUAAGGCUUAAGCAGUAUCACCCUGUUGUGGAAACCACUAAAAACUCAGAAAGCAGUUCUAGCAUGGACUGUGACUUAACUGGAAAGCGAGAGUUAGAAGUUGAUGCCCAGUGUGUACGAAUAAAAACUGAAUCUGAGAAAACAUGCUCAGAGAUGCAGCUUGUAACAACUACUUCAUCAUCCUUCCCACCUUCAUCAGAACUUAAUCUACAGCAAGAUCAGAUGACACAGCCUAUUCCAGUUUUAAAGGUGGAAAGUAGACUGGACUCUGACCAGCAACACAAUCUACAGGAACAUUCAAGCACUCCUGUGUGAUAUGUACAUAUUCAGACAUGUUUUUUAACUUUUUUAAAUUUUGAUGUGAAGUUAUAGUUUUAUAACUGGCUUAAGUUAAGUUUUAUUGGAGAAAUCUUGCCUAUAAUUCUAUAAAGAGAAAUGACAUUCCAAAAAUGUCAAGCAUAUCUUUUUUACACAGAUUAUGCAAAGUUAAGAGUUGUAUCUUAUCCCGUUAGUACAGUAUGUAAUAGUGGGUCUGCUGCUACUUUGUUUUAAGGUGUGAGGUAACAAUUCAAUCUCUUCUUCAAAUCAAAUUGAGAAUUCUCUAUAAUAACAAAUUCUUAUUUGUUAAGUUAUUCACAUCCCUUUUAUCUUGCUCUGUCUUUUGCCAUCUUUACUUUUUUUUUUUUUUAAUGACAGAUCAGAUUUAUGAUUUAGUACAUGUGUCUUUAUGGCACAUAAUUUCCACAAAAAAAAUGGCAUAGGUGGUAGGAAAGAGUGUCUGCAUCCUGUACAUGGGCAAGUUACUUAGUUCUACCCAUAAAGAACAAAAAGUUUAUAAGAAAAAAUUCAGUGGCUCUCUGUUUUUUUUUUUUAACACAAGAGAAAGCACAGCACUUUCUGAUUCAAACUGGUUUUUUUUUUUGUAUCUGUUAUUUAAAGCCCAGUGAAUAUUUCAAUUAAAAAUAUCAAAAGAUGAAUAGUCCUUGGUCAUUCAUUAUCCAUGGUUCAUUAAUAUUUUCUAAAACAUAUGGUAACUAUGGAAUAUGUUUUGGUAAAAGAGAUAGUGUUGAUGUGAUACUCUUGAUAUCCUGUUUCCCAGUAUCCUCUUAUUUUGUGUGGAUACUUUUGCUUCCUAAACUGAACCAGAGUAUCAGACUUAUAGAAUGACAUCCUUUGAUGAGGCUGCCAUAUUCUGUGCAUGAAACUUAGGAAAAACUGUUUUUGUCACCUGCUAUCAACUUCUUCAUAAUAAAGAUGUACUGUUGAGAUGCCUAAACUCACAGUUUUAACUGGUGAGUAUGUGGGUAAACGCUGUGUUGAAAUUGUUCUAUGUUGCUAUUUUGUAAUAAAGAAUAUGGCACUAGACAUUCUAGAAUUUUAGGUAGCCUCAAGCUUAGUGCCUGAGUAUUAAUUUUUUUUUUUAUCCAAGCAGGCACAGUUCAUUAUAUCUAGUGUAGUCUUUUACUUUCUAUUAUUUUAGAAUGUUAUUGUGAUACACUUUCACCUUCUCUUAGUUAAUAAAUUUUUUUUUAAUUACAGGAAGAGUAUUCCCCACACCUAAGACCUGUAUCUACCUGGUUAUAGUGCAAUUUGGAGACUUUUUUUUUUUCCUGGAGGGUGAGAUUUGGAAUAUUUACAUUAACAUAGGCAAAAAAAGAUGCUGCUUUAUUAUGUCUGUCAUCGUGAGAAUCUAGCUGCAUCUUUUGAAAUAUCAAAUGAAUUUUCUCUAAAAAUAUUCUGAAAUAGGUUAAAUAAAUCUUAUAUAAAUAUUACUUUGUGCAAUAUUGUUGUGUAGUAAAUGCAUAUUAGCAAAGUAUAGAGGUCACUGUGUAAACCGAUAGAAAAGUAACCAUCAGCAAAUACUGCAGUGAUUAGUUAGAAUCUGUAUUAUUCCUUAUAUAUAUGUACAUGUAUGUAUUCUCUGUUACAAAGGAUGAAGACAAGUAGAGAAACAUUUCAAUGUAAACCAUUUAUGAAUUGGAAGUGAUAUUGGCUUUAGUUAUCUUUGUAAAUAAGGUAAUUAGGAUGGUAUGAACAGUAAUGUGAUCAUUGCAGGGGUGUUUUUAAAUCUUGGGUCUAAAUUCAAGGGUAAAAUGUAGCGUAUCAAGUUAAUUUGUAAGGGACCUGAUUUUAAAGGUUUUUUAAUUUUUGGGAGGGAGAGGAUUAUUCACAAACUAUAUCAGUUUGAGUAAUUUCUUGUUUUUGCUUUUCUGUCCUGAAGAAUUUCAUAGAACUUUAUUAGGCUGUGCAAAAUAAAUUCUUCUCAGGCAGCAUUUGCUUUUUUAAAAUAAUCAUGAACAAGUUUGAUAUAGCAAAAACUUUUAUUGUUUUUAUUUUUCUUGUCUUCCAAGAUCCAAUUUCCCCAUCUCCCACUUGCCAUCCAGCAGAUGCCAUCUGCCAUCUAAGCUGGUCAUUGCUAAUAAAUAAGGAGACUGUGUCUCCUGAAAGCCAGCACUGUGUAUAAUCACUCAGGAACCAGCGGAUCUGCAAAGACCUACAAUCAAAAGCAAACCCCCAUUUUCCCUUUAUAAAACAUUCUACCCUCACCUCCAAUAUAAACACAUUUAAAAAGAGUAUAGAAAUGUUUAAAAUCAUGUGCUAGUAAAUUUAUUGUAUUUUAGAAUUGCAGUAGAAUGGAGAAACAUUUAGCUAGUAAUGUAUCUGGAAACUCUGAGUGUCCUAUGUGGGUGAAUAUUAGCGUUUAAUAGCAUGCUUUAAGGACUGAUGGAUAUAAAAGCAGAAAUUUUGAGUUUCUUACUGCUUACAAAGCUGUAUCCUAAGUUCAGUGAUACAAAUGAUUGCAACUUUUCUAAAUCAUUAAAUUAUUUGGUUUAGUGGAGUGAGGCAUGGAGUAAUUGGGCACUUCUGAUGGCAGUGAAAUUGUAACUGAAAUUAAAUACUGAUCUUCCUCUCUGGUAUAUUAUCUGUUGUGCCAACUUUUUGAAGUUACUUACAGAAUGUGGUUAUAAGUUAGUAUUUUGUGGAGCAGAGGGAUAUUUUUUUAAAUGUGCUUAUGGAAAGGACCCAAUAAAAUGAAUAUUCCUAACUUAAUAGCUAGAAUGAUUUUAUGGUAUUUAUUUUAAGGAUAAGAGUCUUCCCCUUCCCGAAAAGUCAUUCUAUAACUAUCAGGAUAUGCUAGGAGUAGGAUUGUGAUUCAUGAGGUAUCCCAAAUUCAUAAAGCAAUAACAAAAAACUGUAUAUUAGUUUCCUUCUCUAAAGUUGACUUAAAAAAUGGAUUCCUAGGCUAGAAUUUGGCUUACUGAUAGAACUGUUAUUAUUUUUAAUUUGAAACAUUUGAAAAGAUGCCCUUUCUCUUUAAAGACAGUUGGCAUAUCAGUUGACUGAUAUUACAAAGCUCUUAUACAAAGCUCUAAUAUGGUGAAAAAGGAUUUUAUUAAAUAAAGUCCUCUGCUAAAGUUUAAGAAAUACCUUGCAUCUGUCUUAAUAGGCAUAAAGUUCAAACCUAAUGACUGGAGAAGUUUUUUUGCUUAUUUUUUUCUCUAUAUAGUUUAGAUUGAAAGAUAAUUUAGGAACAAAACCCCAAAAUUCAAUGAAAUCCUUAGUGAAUAUAUUCUUGAUUAUUACUAUUAGCCCAUCAUAAUUUCAUUAUUUUCCAUGAAAAGUUUAUUUGCAUUUACACCUCUAGGGUGAUUGAGUUUGUCUUUUAAUCCCAUAGUGAAGUGUUUUAAGAGAACCUUUUAUUAGUAUAUACUAUAGGUUCACUUUUCUGCUAAGAACAGGUGUAGCUGUAUUUAUUCAGUAAGUAGAGGAAAUGUUUGUUUUUUUUUUUUUAAAGCACAAAAGGGCCCUAUUCUCAUCCUGAAAGUUUGUUGCUUUAAAAGCAAGUAUCUCUCCAUAAAUAUUAUGGCCUUCCAUUUCCUUCAUACCUUUUUUAGGAUCCAUUUGUGCAUGUAGUUGAGACCACUGUCUCUCAAUAUAGCACUUUUCAAUUUUCUCUAAAGAAAUACUUAUGUACUACUAUCACAUGUAAAUUUUCACGUAAUAGUGUUUUCUGUGACUAAACUCCAUUUUGAUUGGCAGCUAAGAAUUUUUUUUUCCUGUGGCUUUAAUUUAUCUAAGAGGUCUUUGCAUAUAGAUGAAAUGUAUAAUUUGCCUGGCGGAUUAUUUUGCGUUGUGUGGCCUUAGUUUGUUUAUUGACAUUAAUAAGUGUUUUAAAAAGGUUUUUAAUGAAUAGUCUUAAAUCUAAAUUUGUGUGAAUAAUUCUUUUAACAGUGCUUUUUUUGUAGCUGUCUAAGUGUGUUAAAUUGUUCAGCUAUUUCUUUGUAAAAUAGGACAAUGGAAUGCAUAGUUUUUUUCCCCUGUAAAGUAUUUUUUUAAUAAACAAAGUCUGAUUUGUCCUUUA